AUGGAUCGUAUCAUGGAUGCAAUCCGUGCCGAUCACCUGGACCUGCAGUCAUACUACAACCGUAUCGUCCACGCGGGAAGCUCAGCUGAAGGACAGAACAUAUUCACCUGGGAACUGGCCCGUCAUGUGGGCGAGGAACUAGUGCGCUACCCGGUGCUGCCAAAGCACCUGCACGAAGACACUGCAGAAGAUCGUCGUCAGCACCAAAGCAUGUCGAGCAUGAAGAAAUGGGUGGACUUGAUUAAAUUGGAAGACACCAAUUCAGCGGAAGAGAGCGGCCGGCUGGCGACGUCUUUUGGUCGCACGAAAUACUGCGUACCUACACGUGCCCAUCCACAUGUGCCAACACAGGCUCUAUAUCAGAUUGCGAUAGUGGUUGAUCACAGUUCCCUGGAUUAUCCGACGGAUCUGUUCAGGAAAUGGCCUGCGAGCGAGGAUAUCCAGCAUGAGCCGUCUGGUACAGUGUACAAUAUGCCACAGCUGACCGAGGAACUUGAAAAAGUGAGAGGUGUGAAAGACGAGAGAAUCGAGAGCACCAAUUACAAGCAGAGCUUGGAGUCGGACAAGCUCCUCGACCCGUGCCUCGAACUGGAUCUGGAGGAUCCUAAGAUCGCCCCGUUUACCAAGGCAUAUGAACAGCUGGGUAGAUUCAUCCCCUUUUAG